AUGGAGAGAAAUACAGCUCACACGCUCGAUCUCGAUGGCGAAGCCACGAACACCACGACACAGACCACUUGCUCAUGCUCGUGUUGUCUUAUUGGGUGCGCGGGUCUGAGGACCAACGCAAAGAUCGAUGCUGAUCGACAGGAGAAGAUCUUGUCCGCCCAGUGCGCCAUAUGUUUGGAUGUGCUUUAUGAACCGGUUACCAUCACAUGCGGGCAUACCUUCUGCGCCAGCUGUUUGCUCAACGUAGCCGACAAAAGAUGCCCCGCUUGUCGCGCAUCCUUCGCCGAGUACCCGAAGAUCAACAUCUUCAUCGGGAAUUGGCUUCACAAAGAGCUGUACGAGGAGGUGUCUCGCAAGCGAAACGAGUACCUUAGGGAGCUCUGUCGCGAGGUCGCCGAGAGCGCGGUAGCACCGCAUGCUACAUCAGAUGAACCCAUGUUCGACAACGAGAGGCUGCUGCGCGAGUGCAACAGAAGAGAGGAACAGCAUCGACGGCGCAUGCGGCAGGAGGUCCACGAGACACCAGCCCACGUGCAUCACCCACCAACUGCCGCGAUAGAAACACGCACGGAGCGCCUCCAUCACGAGGAGCAGGCGCGACGAGAAAUCGCAUCCGCCUUCUCUAUGGAUCUCGUCUUCUAA